GCUGAUAGUAUCACUAAAACAAGAAGAGAAAAAUGACAGACGAAGAUAGAUUGUUACCAAUAGCCAAUGUAGGGAGACUUAUGAAGCAAAUCCUACCAUCAAAUGCAAAGAUCUCAAAAGAAGCAAAACAAACAGUUCAAGAGUGUGCAACAGAGUUCAUAAGCUUUGUUACAUGCGAAGCCUCGGACAAGUGCCACAGGGAGAAUCGAAAGACGGUGAAUGGAGACGACAUCUGGUGGGCUCUCAGCACUCUCGGCCUCGAUAACUAUGCUGACGCCGUGGGUAGGCAUCUUCACAAGUACCGUGAAGCCGAGCGAGAAAGAACUGAGCACAACAAAGGUAGCAAUGAUAGUGGGAAUGAGAAAGAACCCAACACUAGAAGUGAUGUACACAACCAAUCGACAAAAUUUAUUAGAGUUGUUGAGAAGGGAAGCAGCUCCUCAGCCCGUUGAACUAGAUAUCUGUGUUCUGAAUCAUUUAAUAUGAAAACAAGAAAGAUCUGUAGAGAGACCAAAAGGAUUCAAUAAAUGUUAAUGUUUUGAAUCGUUAAUACAAUGUACAUGUUUGUAAUUGCUUUCUAAUUUUGAUUUUCUACAUAUAUAUAAAGCUAAUAUAUUUCUUCUUGCAAGCAAAUAAGGUGUAUACAUAAUUUAGACUUAGAAUAUUGGUUGGUUUGAACCAGUGGAGGAUCCCAUGGAUAUGGAAGUGGAGAAGAUAGCAGAAG